AUUCGAUCAAGAGCUUACGGAGGGCUGGCCCGGGACUUGAGCUUGAGGCGGCAACUGAGGCUGCUGUUGUUGCAUAUGCUGUCCGGAAUUGUGUUCAGGCGCUUUCGGCUGUCGUCGAGAUUGCCUACCAACAAUACAUGGUGUUCAAUGUGGGGAAGGUAAGCACGCAGCUCCCAAUUCAAAAACUCACAACCACUGCAGCACCUGUGUGGGAGGCGCACCACUAUUUAGGCUUGUGUGUAUGGAUUGCUGAAUGCUUGGAUCUAGCUAUAACGAGCAGCAGGGGUCAGGAAGCAGCGCAUAGAGCGAGCGCAACGUUGACUCGCCCUCGGAAGGUUUUCCCUUAUCCACGCCAGGACGUGUUGAUCGUCAGGAGGCUGCGCCGACAUCGUUCAGGUGGCAGUUGGGGUUGAAACACGUCUAGCUUACGUAAGAAUCCAGUCCUCCUUACCACCAUGACCAAAGCGAUGAAACGUCGAAAGUCCCCGUCACCAGCGCGUUCGUUCGCCUCGCCUUCGGACGACGAAGACUACGACCAGCCUGAUGACGAUUUCGAUGCUCCUCACGAUGCAAAGCCCAAUAAGGGGUGGGCUCCCGACGUUGUCGUCCUACCUUCAUCUCCUAGGCCUGCCAAUGGCCGUUCGAAUAUAGCUAACUACCUUCCCUACGAAAUCCUCAUCCAGAUCUUCAGAAAGCUCACGAAUAAGGAGGACCAACACUCCGUUUUGCUCGUCUCUCGCACAUGGUGUCAAUGCAGUGUUGAACUGUUGUGGCACAAAUUGUCCGUCUCCAGCCUGCAGUCACUGCUUAAGAUGAUGCACAUCAUCACUCGCAAGGACCAAACUUUCGCCUAUGCGACUUUCAUCCGUCGCCUCAACUUUUCAGCACACUCGACCGGGAUGACUGAUGAAAUUUUUGUGCGCUUAGCGCCGUGUGUUCGACUGGAGCGAUUGACCCUAUCUGGCUGCUCGCUGCUCACGGAUUCUUCUCUCACCGCCGUAUUUUCAGCUUGUUUUGGUCUCGUUGCAGUGGAUCUGAGCGGUGUGACCGAGGUCACUGACGCAUCGAUCAAAGCGCUGGCAAAUACCACGGUGAAGCUGCAGGGCAUCAAUCUUUCGAAAUGCAAACUAAUAACGGACGAGGGCGUUCUUGCCGUUGCGAGAUGUGCACCGAUGCUACGGCGUAUCAAGCUGCAUGGCCUUGUCCUCAUCACUGACAUCUCCGUGUCCGCGAUCGCAACGAGCUGUCCGUUGCUCCUUGAGAUCGAUCUGAGCAAUUGUACAAAGCUCACCGACCUCUGCAUUAGGGACAUAUGGAAAAACCAGCAUCAUCUGCGCGAGCUCCAAUUGGCCAAUAUCACGAAUCUAACGGAUGACGCGUUUCCUUCCCCACCGCCCUCUGUUCCGGGGCGGUCCAAUAAUUCCGUGAAUCCCUUCCCCAACAGCAGCAGAAUCGACCUUUCUACUGCUUCUGGUUCCGAGGAAAUGCCGCCACUAUACCUCUCAUAUCCAUUUGACCACUUGCGCAUCCUCGACAUGACUUCGUGUGCGCAAAUUACCGAUGCAGGGAUUGAGGGCAUACUGUCCAACUGCCCAAAGAUACGACAUAUUGUUCUGGCGAAGUGCACCUUGUUAACGGACGAAUCACUCGCUAGUUUGGGUAAACUGGCCAAGAAUUUACAUUAUAUUCACCUUGGCCACGUCGCUAGUAUUACCGAUCGGGGCGUCACGCAAUUGGCACAAGUGUGCCCAAGAAUUCGAUACAUUGACUUGGCCUGCUGUUCCAACCUAACAGAUUUGUCCGUUUCGGAGCUUGCGUCCUUACCAAAGCUUCGGAGGGUUGGCCUCGUUCGGCUGCCGAAUCUUACUGAUAAUGCAGUGUUCGCGCUGGGGGAGAGGCACACCGGACUGGAACGAAUUCAUCUAAGUUAUUGUGAUAACAUUUCUGUUGCCGCUAUCCACUUUUUGUUGCAACGCCUGCAUAAGCUGACGCAUUUGAGUUUGACGGGAAUCACUCAGUUCAGGAGGAAAGAUCUGCGCGCUUUCUGCCGGCCGCCCCCGAAGGAAUUUAACCAGCAUCAGCGCAUGGCUUUUUGCGUAUAUUCUGGCAAGGGUGUUACCGAGCUUCGGAAGUAUUUGCAUGGCCUGGCAUUGCGCGCUAUGGAUGGGGUCCAGGAGCAGAAUCUCGAAGACGAUAAUGAUACUAUUCAUCCCAACUCGUUCCCUAAUGGUGGUGAAGUUGACGAGCCAGAAAGCGAGGGUGAUGACACACCAGCAGAAGAUGCGAUUGUUUGGCCACCAUCCCACGCUAAUCCCGCUCCCACUGUUGUUCCGCGUCAGCCACGAGGCGUUCGGGAACAAUCGAGACGUCCCGGCCGCCAGCUUCUUUCUGCUGGUGGACCGUCUUCGAAUGGUGGCCUGUUUAAUGAGAACUCUUCCCAGCGUCCCCAAACCUCCCCGCGUCACACACGCAGCGCGUCCCGUUCAGGUUUACGCACCCCAUCUGGAGCGUCGUCUUCCUCUCUUCGAGUUGAGGAUUCCCCUGGUGUGGCAUCGACGCCUAAUCUGUCGCCAAUUCUCGACGUGGCAGGACCAUCGUCAUCCCCUCGUGCGCCGCCCUCUUCACAUAGUCGCCGGACCUCCCACUCGAGGGCUACUCGCUCUCCAGAACAAAGAGAAAGAUCUACUCGUAAUUCUCGCCGCAACAGUCUCCAAGGUGCCACUAAUGCACCAACUUCGACUUCGCGAACCACUGCGCAAGCGAGCUCUCCCCCGCCUUCGGCUGCACAAGGUCAAAAUACAUUCGGUACUACCCGCCUACAGGCGUUAAUUGCCAAUAUAGGUCCUGGUCGCUCACGAGCUCGAGGCCCCAGUUCCCGGGCCGCUGGUGGUCAGGAUGCGGGGCCAUCCACCUCUGGUGAUCAUUUGUCAAGCCAGGGACAUUCGGUGGGCAGUAGUCGGCGAGGUAGUCAAGCAGGCCCAUCUAACACCGUGGAAGAGCGCGCGCGCGGAAGGAGGGAUGGAAGGAUAGGCGAGAGAAGACGCGGAGGAUCGAGGGACACAACGGGGCAACACACCAAUGUUCUCUUCAAUCGAGGCUCCUAAUUAACACACACUUUAAUCACUCAUGAGAAUACCCAUCUAUUUUAUAUACACGUGCGAACCACAAGUUUUCGAACUAAUGACUCGUUCCUUUGUUACUUUCAAUGGUUAUGUAAAGCGUCCGCUGUGGAAUACAUAUGUAUCAAAGAGUUUGGGUC